AUGCACUCUCCAGCUCACCACCCUUCAUCGACUGCAUUUGUUCCUGCCUUGCUGCAAUAUCUGCAGUGCCCCUUUUCAACAGCCCCUGUUUCCACGUUUGUCAUCAAGUCUCCCUCUUUCUCUGUUCCAUGUCUGCUCACUUUCUCCCAUCACUGCCUCUUUCCUCAAUCCCGUGUAAUUGCCGUCGCGGCCGUUGGAUCGGAGCCGCCGGUUGCCGGGGAGAGAUCUGGACCGUCGGGCGAGAGAGCGGCUGGCGGGGAGGAGAGUGUGGGGGAUUUGCGUGUGAGCUAUGGCGCGACGGAAGCAGAGGGGGAGGAGGCGGAAAGAAGAGGGAAUUUCAAUGAUGCAAGGGAGGAGGGACGGGGAAGGGUUUGGGAUGAGGUUCAAGAAGAGGAUCGGAAUGUUGAGGCGCGGGGAUGGGUGGAUUUAGCGGACGGGGAGAAGCAGGAAAUGCAGACGAGACAGCGAUCGAUUCGGGUGCGGGAGGAGGCAGGCGGCGAGGCGGCGGUAGGGGGAGGGACGGCGGAAGAAGGACGAUCAAGAGAGGAAAGCCUUGGCAACACCGAGCAGGGUAGUCGUACCAAUGAGGCUGUAAUUACCGCGGAGGGCGUUAGUAACGCGGAGGCCAAUAACGAGGACGACGGUGACGACAUGAGCGGGUACGGCGUGGCGUCGGAGGAGGAUCUGCGCAACGCAAAGCAGAUCGCGGACGCGAUUCUCAGCGGGCGGUUCUUCGCGGGGAUGAGCCGCGGGAAACAGCACUGGGCGGGGGACGACGUGGGGGAGAGCGGGAACGCUGGAGGAGAGGAUGGGGGAGUGAGGGAACGCGGGAGGAGAGGGAAGGAGAGGCGCGGGGAAGGGCGCGGGGAGGUGGGGGGAGACGGCGAGGAGGAAGAGGAGUGGCGGAGGAGUUUCCGCGAGAGGGGGUGGCGGCCGGGGUUCAGGGGUUUAGGGGACUGGUUGGGGGAGGCGGGCGGGGGACAGGCGGAGGCGGAGGGGCAGGUGGCGGUGGAGAAGCAGCGGUUUGCGCGCGUGGCGCUGGUGGGCGCGCCCAACGCAGGGAAGUCCGCCCUGAUGAACAGACUGGUGGGCGUGAAGGUAUCAGCGGUAUCGCGCAAGACCAACACAACGCAAAGGGAGGUGGUGGGCAUCCGCACCAUCGGGCCCACGCAGCUGGUGUUUCACGAUACGCCAGGGCUGAUAGUGGCGCUACCAUCGCAGCCACUGUCAGCGUCGCAGCGCCAGGGGUCGCUGCUCGCCUCGUCCGCUGCCUUGCAUUGCCAUGUGGUGGCGCUCGUCAUUGAUGCCGACCGGCAGAUCCGGAGGCCGGACCCGCGGGUGCGGAGGAUGGUGGGGGUGGUGGGGGCGGAGCGGAGGGAGGGGCAGCAGCGCGUAGCGGUGCUGAACAAGGUGGAUCUGGUGAAGGACAAGCGCCUGCUGCUACCGCUCGCACAGGAGCUCAGCUCCUUCCACUCCAUUGAGAGGGUGUUCAUGGUAUCAGCGCUGCAGGACAAGGGCGUGAACCUGCUGGAGGAGUAUCUCUUUGACCAUGCGGUGCAGGCGGCAUGGGAGGAGGACCCUCGUCUGUGCACGGACCAGUCGCCUGAGCAGCUGGCCAUGCAGAUCGUGCGCGAGCUGCUGCUGCACCGCAUGCACCAGGAGGUGCCAUACGCCAUAGAGCACCGCCACGAGUCGUGCUCUGUGCUCAGGGAUGGGUCGCUGCGCAUAGAGCAGCUGCUGCUCGUGCAGUCCAAUGCACAGAGAGCCAUGCUCGUUGGCAAGGCAGGACAGGUCGUGCGAGCAGCUAAGCUGCUGCUUGUGCAGUCUAAUGCACAGAGGGCCAUGCUCGUUGGCAAGGCAGGUCAGGACGUGCGGUAA